UCAGUGAGGACUGAAAUCAAGGCUCUUCUCUUCUCUGUACUCCAUGUUUUUGGGGACUCAUCGUACCAUUGCCUUCGUCUCCAAACCCAAAGGAGGAUGUCUCUGUCGGGGAAGAAGGACUUUGACGUGAAGCAGAUCCUCAGACUCCGCUGGCGCUGGUUCAGCCAUUCAUCCCAAGGUUCGGCAGGCGGCGGGGGCGGCGGCGGUGGCGGGGUGGGAGGCUACAUCCAGCAGGAUGGCCUGGACCACAGAGGGACGCCUGUCCAGGGCCGGCUGAAGAGUCACUCAAAGGAAAGAGGCAUUGGAGGACUAAGGAAGACGAACAGCCCGGUCCACAGCAUCUUGGCACCGACGCCAGGGCCCACACCUGUCUGUGUCAGAGCGGGCCAACAAUCAUGGCACCAUCAGCAGAACAACAUCCAGGGUCUCCAGGUCAACGAGGAGUCUUCCAAGAGCAGCUCUUCGCCCAGCACCACGAGAAAAGAGGACGCCAUCACUGGCCAGGAAGAUGUGAAGAAGAGCACAGAGGAACCUGCAGAGGUGGAGGCCAGAGAGAGGUUGGCUUUGAGCACCUUCUCCAGAAUGAAUACCAACUCCUCCGAUGAGUUUUUCCAGGCUACAAAUCAUGCAGAGCAGACUUUCCGUAAGAUGGAGACCUACCUCCAGCACAAGCAGCUGUGUGAUGUCCUCUUGAUAGCAGGGGAUCAUAAGAUACCGGCUCACAGACUGGUCCUGAGUGCUGUGUCGGACUACUUUGCUGCUAUGUUCACCAGCGAUGUGAGAGAGGCCAAGCAGGAGGAGAUCAAGAUGGAGGGAGUCGACCCCGAGGCCCUCAGAUCCCUGGUUCAUUUCGCAUACACCGGCGUCCUUGAGCUGAAAGAGGAGACCAUUGAGAGUUUAUUGGCGGCAGCUUGCCUUCUCCAGCUUUCACAAGUCAUCCAGGUUUGCUGUAACUUCCUGAUGAAACAGCUUCAUCCCUCCAAUUGUCUGGGAAUACGCUCCUUUGCAGACGCCCAGGGCUGCGUGGACCUGCUCAAUGUGGCUCAUAACUACACCAUGGAACACUUCCUGGAGGUCAUUCAGAACCAGGAGUUCCUGCUGCUCCCCACGGCUGAGAUUGUUAAGCUGCUCUCCAGCGACGACAUCAACGUCCCAGAUGAGGAGACCAUCUUCCAGGCUUUGAUGAUGUGGGUGCGCUACGACGUCCAGCAUCGACAGCAGGACCUCGGGGUGCUCCUUGCCUUCAUCCGCCUGCCUCUUCUUCCUCCACAGCUCCUUGCAGAUCUGGAAAACAACAAGAUGUUCUCAGAUGAUCUGGAAUGCCAAAAGCUGCUGAUGGAGGCCAUGAAGUACCAUCUUCUGCCCGAGAGACGCCCCAUGUUUCAGAGCCCGAGAACCAAACCUAGAAAGUCCACAGUGGGUGCACUUUAUGCUGUAGGAGGGAUGGAUGCGACAAAAGGCUCCACCACCAUAGAGAAGUACGACCUUCGGACCAACACAUGGGUGCAGGUCGGGGUCAUGAACGGACGCCGGCUGCAGUUCGGUGUCGCGGUAAUCGACAACAAGCUGUAUGUGGUCGGAGGAAGGGAUGGACUCAAGACGUCCAACAUGGUGGAGUGCUACAAUCCGAUCAAUAAAGUGUGGUCCACCAUGCCCCCCAUGUCCACACACAGACAUGGACUUGGUAUUGCUGUGCUGGAGGGCCCCAUGUAUGCUGUGGGAGGCCAUGACGGCUGGAGCUACCUCAACACAGUGGAACGAUGGGACCCGCAGGCCAGACAGUGGAACUACGUGGCCAGUAUGUCGACACCACGGAGCACCAUGGGAGUCACCGCUCUCAAUGGAAAAUUGUUUGCAGUCGGCGGACGAGACGGCAGCUCGUGCCUGAGGUCGAUGGAGUGCUUCGAUCCGCACACCAACAAGUGGAGCAUGUGUGCUCCUAUGGCCAAGAGGAGAGGAGGCGUCGGCGUGGCAACAUACAACAACUUCCUGUAUGCCGUAGGCGGACACGACGCCCCCGCCUCCAACCACUGUUCUAGACUCUCCGAUUGUGUUGAAAGGUAUGAUCCAAAGACGGACACGUGGACCACUGUGUCCUCGCUCAGUGUUCCCCGGGACGCAGUGGGUGUCUGCCUGCUGGGUGACAGACUCUAUGCUGUGGGUGGAUACGAUGGCCAGUCAUAUCUGAACACCGUCGAGUCCUAUGAUGCACAGAACAAUGAGUGGACCGAGGAGGUCCCUCUCAACAUUGGCAGGGCAGGCGCCUGCGUGGUGGUGGUGAAAUUGCCUUGAGCGUUUUGUCUCACGACAGCAUGUGAAACAAAUGAGAGAGCGGCGAAGAAGAGUGGACAAACAAAACAACGGAUCAAGGACACAUCCUUCGAGAGUCAUGGUGUUUUUUUUCUUCUGUAACUCGGCUUUCCACAUUUUUCAGAGGGAAAACAGACAGAGCCUUGCCCAUAAACCAUUGUUUCUAUCAUUAGUGGACAUGCCUGCCCACUGGGGAGGACUUAUUCAGAAACUGGAAUGCAAUGCACAUUCUCCACAUUCUCAACCGAUCAAGAAUUUUCAUAGACUUGGCUAAGCUGUAGCAAGUGCCAAGCCUUUGUUGUACUGCUUUGUUAUACUAGUUUUAUGAAACGUUCUGUGUAUGUCUGUAAGAUUCAAUGUAAAAGUUUUGAGUAAAUAAGCCUGCAGGUUAGUUUACAUCUAUACAGAGACUUUUCUUAUCAGUGCCAUCACAUACAGUAUAUUUUGAGGUUUAUAUUUCACAAAGUUGUUAUGAUACAUAAAUGUAACCAACGUACCUGUGUCUUUCCUUAGUGGGUGGUCUAAACAGAUUCUUACUCUUCAGUGAAGAAGACCACUGUGAACACUGAGGGUGAUGAAUUUGUCCAGGCUGGUUUGAAGAACAGGAAUGAAAUUUUUGCUGAAUAAUAUAUUUGGACAUUUUCUUUUUUUAUCGAGCCUGUAGCUACAGAACACCAAAGUCAUUUGCUUGUCUUAGAAGUCUUGUUACGCAUUAAAUAAAGGUUUACAGAAUUGUGAAUUACAGAAAAUAUAUCAUAUUGAUAUUUCACACUGCUGUACAGAUUUUUGUGAACUUUCUGAAACUCCAUUUGUGUUGAUAGAAUCAUGCCUCAACCAGUGCACUCUGGUGACCACAGUUAUUAUUAUUCUUUUGUCUUUAUUUCUGGGCAUGCUGGCUGAGCGAAUGUUUGAUUUGAUUUAUGCAAUAUUAUAUAUCACGAUCACUGUCUGUUCUGUAUUUUUAAAGUUAUGAUGCCUUUUGGGUCAUCUGGAUGAUCUUAUCCUUCUCAACCGUCAGAUGGUAACACAUCAAGGGUACAUUAAAUAACUUGAAUUAAGGCAUUAAUAAGCAUUUACCAACUGGUAUUAGUUAACUGACGUGCCUAGUAAUGAUUUUCUAAUGGUGUCCAUGUUAUCUAAUUAAUUAAUAUAUUAUUUAAUCAUUUAUAAAGAUGCUAUCAUCAAGAUACAUGUUUCAACUUUACAAUAAGGGUCACAAAUGCAUUAGUAAGUGGUUAAUUCUAGUUAAGUAAUACUUAUAAUAUAACAUGCAUAAUAAUUUAUAGAUUAGCCUAUGAAUUAAAUUAACAUUAAAAAAAUGUUUUCUUGAAUAAAAUGGCUUAGCUGUGAGCGUCAAGGCAUGCAUGCUCAUUAACAUCUUAAUUAACCAUGUACUAAUAUUAGUUAGUAACUUAAUUAACAUGUAAAACCUUAUUUAAUAUUAACAAGAUACAUUUGUUAACAGUUACUCAAUUGUAAUUGUAUUUAAUUUCAGUUUUUACUUAUAACUUUAUUUACUAAUCGUCUCUAAAUGUACCUUAAGUACCUGAGUUAACAUGAACACCACAAGUAAAUGAUAAGACACAGAAAGUAACUGUUAGUUAAACCUUAGUUAAUGCAUAUUACUGCAUUAACAAAUGCUAAUUAAUGUGUUGUUAUCCCUUGUGUUACCGAAUGGAUUAACCCAAAAGAAACCACAAACUCUGCCCAAACCAGCUAUCUGAGUCUCUAUGUGCGACACUCAGAAUCCUGAUUUCCACUGAACUUCACUAACGCGACUUUGAUUCGGUUUUAGGUUUGUUGUUCUGCUCUUAAAAGUUAAAACAACUUUACCACAAUGAAACCAAUUUGUAACUGUGAUUAUAACAUGUUUUUGGGGCCAAAUCUUAGUUUUUAUCAUAAUUUUGUACAGCAUGCAAACCUAUAAAUAAAAUGACUUCAGUCUUCUCUGCACGUUCAAAUCCAUGUUUGGCGCUGAAUGUGGCCCCUCAGCGGGCGGAUUCUGAUUUCUCUUGUUCUGCUUUAAGUAAACUUAACUGAUUCUUUUAACUAAACAGCCUUGGAAGCUACUUUGAUGUCGGCAUUAACCUCAGUGUUCUUCUCAUUUCAGCACCCACUUUUUAAAUCAAGCAAACAUGUUUGUUUAUAUCACUCGACAGACUGAGCACCAACUGUUAUUGCUUGCCUUUGCUUUUGUCAUUGUGUACCCUCCAAAUAGUUUCAAGGUCCCCCCAACCCACCCUCCUCCUGCUUGUUUGGUUAGAUUUUCAUGGUUUUUGCACACAAAAUGCUCACAUGCAUGUGUACGGUUGUAGUUCUUCUCAGAAUACAUGGAAUAUUACACAACUUUAUCUUUUAAUUUUGAGGUGUAGUCUGCUUUGCUAUCUCAGCUGAUGUGAAGAUAAACCUCCUCUAACUUUCUAUUUCUGUUUAUCUGCAUCUCCUCCUGUCAGAUCUUAUAAUGGAGAUCAAUAAAGGAUAAUAGCUUU